CGCUUCCUUCACCUCCCUCACCUAUAGCAACGGCGCCUAGCACCUGCAAGAGUAGCGCAUGUGUGUAGAGGGCGUUUAUUCGCCCCGCUCUUUGUAACCGAUGAACUAGAACGUGAGAAAAGCCCCGCCCGCCCCGUUUCAGCAGAAGGGAGCGGGAAAGCGCAAGAACUUGAAGAUGUUGGACUUCACAUGUCUGGAAGAACAGUGCAAUAAAAAAAUUUCAGAGUUCCUGCACAAUGUGGACAACAGAGACUUUGUAUGGCUAGAGGAGAUUCUCGAAGAAGCUAACAAGAUAUUCAAAAGCAACUUCAAUGGAGAGCCUGAGUUAAUGCCAAAAACUCCAUCACAGAAAAACCGCAAGAAAAAGAAACGUUUUUCCACAACUAAGAAUGAUCAGUUUUCUGAAAAGCGGUUAUUGGAGACAGAAAGUAACCAGUCAAGUCCUGCUCAACGCACUUCCAAAAGACUUCAACAGAAGAAUUUAGAGAACACCUCUCCUUGUCAUCGGAUGACAAGAUCUCAGGCUGCCAGGAUUUCACAUGCUUCCUGUAAAACAGCAACGAUUGACUUAGCCAGAGGACGGAUACCAUUAGUAGAAAUUAAUAACAAUGAGAGGCUUAGUGCAGAGUUACAGAUUCAAAAAAUAGCAGUUCAGAAAACUGAAAAGGCUGCUUUGGCCAAUGAAUCAACAUUGGAUGGCGAGUUCCAUAGAGAGAAAUUAAAACCUUUGUCUAAAGCUUCUUUGCUUGUGGCACCAGGCACCCCUGAGACUCAAAUAACUAAAGAGGGUCGGAGUGCAUGCAAGCUGAAAAUAGCAAAUGCUGCUGUUGUAAAAACUACUGCAAUUGAAGAACCCAGCCCGCAAGCAGAAGAUUUACUUGCCCAGCAACCACAGAAGAGCCAGGCUUCAGAAACCAAACUUUCACAUAAGUUAAAUGAGACUGCACGGAUAUCCACAGCUCUGAAAGCAAACAGUAACUCUGUGCGCCGAAGUCUGAUGGGUAGAACUUCCCUGAAUAAAAGCUCCCUCGUACAGAGAUGUUCACUGGCUAGCAAAAGAGGAAGAGCAGUCCAGAAAUCUGCCUACAGGACUAUGUCCAAGAAAAGCAUUGCUCGUGAGCAGUCAUCCGUUUGUGGACGAGUGAGCUGCCGUGUUUCUUUGGAGAAAAUAGUGGUUGAAGAAAUUAUUGAAUCUAGACCACAGUUGGAUCCUGCUGCCCAUUCUCAAGAGGUUGCAGAUCAACUGUGUCCUCAUUCUCCCAAAGUCCCCAGGACUGCAGCUGUUGAAGAGCAGCCAGAAGAAGAAAGCAAAGAGAACAACUUUGAAAAGAAUGCUAAGGUCCAAGAGCAACCUCAGAGUGUCAGACGAAAGGCAAGCUAUAAGAGAGCAGUGAAUGAGUUAUACGAUGGGCAGCCUACAGAGGAUGAGCUCUCCCCUCCAAGGAAAAAGUCACCAUCCCCUCAGUGCCCUGCUAGUAAGGUUGUGCGCCCUUUCAAGACUUUCUUACACACUGUACAUAAGAACCAAGUUCUCAUGAUGACACCUGGCUCUGUGAGCCGAAACAGCGCCAUAAAAUCAUUUCUCAAACACAAUACUCCUGUCCGAACCAAUCCCAAGGAAAAGGAGAGGCAGCGUUUGGAGAACUUAAAGAAGAAGGAGGAGGCUGAGCAGCAGAGAAAACAGAAAAUGGAGGAAGAGAAGAGACGGCGACUGGAAGAGAUGAAGCGGAAGCGUGAGGAGCGCCUCCGCAAGGUGCUGCAGGCUCGUGAGCGGGCCGAGCAGAGGGAAGAGGAGAAAAAAAAACUCCUAGAGCAAAAACUAGCUCAGCAUAAUGAGAAGGUGCGAGAAGAGAAAAUUGCAGAAGAAAAAAUGAAAAGGGCUGCAGCUGCGAAGAAGGCUGAAGAACUUGAAGCCCGUAAACAGAGAGCUCUGCAUCUGGAGGAAGAACGCAGACUGCAGGAGCUAAUGCAGAAGAAAAAGGAGGAAGAACAAGAGAAAGCUAGGCAGGUUGCAGAGCUGGAAAAAAAGCUGGCUGCUGAGAGAGAGCUGGAGAAAAAGAGAGAACAGGAAAAGCUUCAAGCACAACAGGAGCACGAGCAGAAAGAGAAAGAGAAGGCUGCUCGUCUGCAAAGAGAAUUAAUGGCUGCUAAAGAGAAGGAACAGCUUCAGAAAGAGACGGAAGAAAAAGAGAGGAAACUGCAAGAGGAGCAGCAGAAGCAGAAAACAACUUCUGAUGCAACAGUUGGCAGUAAACAACUGAAUGUAACAGUAGAGAUACAGAACUCACCUUCCUGCAACUCAUACCCAAUGACGCCACAGGGUCCCAAACAGCCAAAGAUUGACCUGAAUAAUUAUGGGAUGGAUCUGAAUAGUGACGACUCAACAGAUGAUGAGAGCCAGCCCCGCAAGCCCAUCCCUGCUUGGGCUACUGGAAAUCAAUUAACUCAGGCCAUCAUUCACCAGUAUUAUAAUCCUCCUGACACUGAUGCAUUCUUUGGGGUUAUUAAAAGUCCUAAACUGGAAGAAAUCUUCUAUAAGAGCAAGCCACGUUACUUAAAGCGCACAAGUUCGGCAGUAUGGAAUUCGCCACCGUUCCCAAAUGGCAAAUCUAUGGCAGGGCCAUCAUGGCAGGGCUUAAAGAGGUGCUGAAGAUUUCUUUAGAUUUAUGUACUAUUUUUGUGGGAGGGAAUGCAGUGCUUUUAAACAUACUUAAUUUUGAUGGUAAUAAACAUUGUACUCUAUUGGAGCGCUUUAAA